UCGGCCCCGCCCCGCCCCUCCCGGCUUCCCUCGGCUUGCGGUCCAGCGCAGCCGGUGCCCCGGAGCUCUGGCUCCGCCGGCGCGGAGAAAUGGACCAGUUUUGACAAGAUGUAGCGCCGCAGUGUGCCCGAUGGGAUCUGCUCAGUCAUGGCCUCCGAACUGUGCAAGACAAUCUCUGUGGCAAGGCUGGAAAAGCACAAGAAUCUGUUCCUAAACUAUAGGAAUCUGCACCAUUUCCCACUGGAGUUACUGAAAGAUGAAGGGCUGCAGUACCUGGAGAGACUCUAUAUGAAGAGGAACUCCCUCACCACCUUGCCAGAAAACCUUGCUCAGAAGCUUCCAAACCUGGUGGAACUGUACCUUCAUUCAAAUAACAUUGUUGUGGUUCCAGAAGCCAUUGGGUCCCUUGUAAAACUCCAGUGUCUGGACCUUAGUGACAAUGCCUUAGAAAUUAUUUGCCCAGAAAUUGGUCGGCUGAGAGCUUUACGUCAUCUUCGACUAGCUAACAACCAGCUGCAAUUCCUACCUCCAGAGGUUGGCGAUUUGAAGGAGCUGCAGACACUAGACAUUUCUACCAAUCGUUUGCUAACUUUACCCGAGAGGCUUCACCUGUGCCUUUCUCUGCAGUACCUCACCGUGGACCGAAACCGUCUGCGGUGCGUGCCGCGCCGCCUCUGCCAGCUGCCCAGCCUCAACGAGCUCUCCAUGGCUGGAAACCGUCUUGCAUUUCUGCCCCUUGAUCUAGGCCGGUCUCGAGAACUGCAGUACGUGUACGUGGACAACAACGUCCACCUGAAAGGCUUGCCGUCCUACCUGUACAACAAAGUCAUCGGCUGCAGCGGCUGCGGCGCUCCCGUCCAAGUUUCCGAGGUGAAGCUGCUUUCCUUCUCAUCGGGCCAGCUCACCGUCUUCCUCCCCGCCGAGGUGAAGGCCAUCGGCACGGAGAAUGACCACAUCCUGCCUCUGCAAGAGCUGGCCAUGAGGAGUCUGCAUCGCACCUGCCACCGUUUUCUGAAAGAUCUGAACUUUCCGUCUCCCAUCUCGUUACCCAGAAGCCUCCUGGAGCUGCUGCAGUGCCCCCUGGGACACUGUCACCGCUGCAGUGAGCCCAUGUUUACAAUCGUCUACCCCAAGCUCUUCCCCUUGAGAGAGACACCGAUGGCCGGGCUGCACCAGGGGAGGACAACGGUGAGUUUCGUGGCUUACUGCUGCUCCACCCGGUGUCUGCACACUUUCGACCUACUGAGUUGAUAGACGCUCAGGCCUCAGGAGUGCCGCCAACUUGCUUCCAUGUGACACGCUGUUUGCGCAGCAGAGGGACCGGAGAGCCUGGCCAGGCCAAACAGGCCCUCGAGUCCUGUCCUGUCAAAUGCCGGGGACGCAGAACUGCCUGGAGGUGUCCAGACUGAGCUUCAGAGCCUAAACGCCUUCAUCCUCCCCCCAACUUGGAAUACAUCCUCCCCCCAAUUAA